GGUGGUCUUCCAGCCCCAGAACGUGAUGACCAUGGCCCGUGCCGGCCAGCCGCUCAGCGAGGUCGCCACGCAGGCGGACGUCUUCAUCCGCUACAAGUGCAAGAAGGGGAAGUGCAAGACCUGCGCGGUGAACAUCGACGGCAAGUGGGUCUGCGCGUGCCAAACCAAGAUCAAGGCCCAAGCGCCGGGCCAGCACUUCGAGGUGAAGGUCCGACCGGUGCUGGAGACCGAGAAGAAGCAUAACGCCGCCUUCUUCACUCCCAAGAGCUUCCUGGAGGGAGUGGUGAACAACGGGCUGGGCAUGGUGGGCUUCGCCAAGGAGGCCUUCGGCGCGGACCCGGACUUCAAGGUCCGCAUGGAGCGGGAGAAGGCGGUGCAGGAGCUGCUGGCGCAGAAGCGCCAGGCCAAGCAGGUGACCAGCACCGGCGGCACCUUCCAACUGCGGAAGACCAAGGAGUCCAAGGACUCAGAGGGCGAGGGCGAGGGCAAGUCGAAGCUGGUGCUGCCGGGGGUGGCCAUGACGGCCGCCUUUAUGAUUUCCAUCAUCCAGCACGCCGUGCUCAACUGAGCCCCGAGCAAGCCCCUUCCAGGCUCUCUUCGAAGGUCUUCCCGAACCCCACGCAGACAUCACAUAGCCGCGGUUUGGCGAACUCCAAUUCCGCACUGCGACAGUUUGCCGCAGCUUCCAGCUUCUUCCACAGAGGCAAUCUGUUUUUUUGAAGUGCUGUCAAGUGGAGGGCUGUGAAGUGAUGCGUGUUUUUGAAAGGACUUUGAGUCUUUGAGUUCCGCGUUUGGGAUAAAAUCUCACACGCAAUCAAAUCAGCUUUGAAGUCCAGUCCGACUCACAGCUUCAUUCAGCGGCGAG